UAUGAUAGCAAAUGGAAAAUGGCAUGAUGUCGGGUGUAGCUCCAGCCUUCCCUUCAUCUGCUAUGAUGGGGGAAGCUCCACACAUCCCUAUGUGCUGGUUACUGAUAAAAAGAACUGGACAGAUGCUCAGAGAUACUGCAGAGAGAAACACACAGACCUGGCCAGUGUGAGGAAUCAGACAGAGAACGACCAGAUAAAGGAUGUUAGAGGAAAUAAUCCAGGUAUAGCCUGUUAUAUCGGCCUGUUCAGAGAUGCCUGGGAGUGGUCAGAUGGCAGCAGCUCCUCAUUCCGCCACUGGAACACUGGACAACCCGAUAAUGGUGGUGUAGCGUGCACUGAAAUUAAAAAUGGUCAGUGGAAUGAUGCAGGCUGUCAUCAUCAAAUUAACUUCACCUGCUAUGAAGACAAGCUGGUUCUGGUCCGUGAGAAUAAGAGAGAGGCGCUGCAGUACUGCCGACAGCACCAUGUGGACCUGGUGUCUGUGACGUCCGAGCGGGUCCAGCGCUGGGUGAGGGCGCGGGCUAAAGGAGCCUCCACUGCUCACGCGUGGCUGGGCCUGCUCCAUUCCUACGGCGUGGGCUGGUACUGGGUCUGUGGACAGACCGUCUGCUACAGCAACUGGACCCAAGGGCACGAGCAAGAGGGGUCCUUCCAACAAAGAGUCGGGGCAGUGGAGUCUGGAGGGGGGCUGUGGGUCAGCAACCUGACUAAGACCGACAAACUCAACUUCAUCUGCACCACUAUGGAGCAGUGUGGCUGAAUCCUCCUCAGUCCAGAGCAGCCUUGGAGAAACUUCUCAGGGUCCUCCAGCUCCCAUUCAUGUUCACCACUCAUUUAAUCAUACGCAACUACACAACUACUCUCACAUUCACUACAUAUGUUACUAUUACCAUCAUACACCACUCAUUUAAUCAUACGCAACUACACAACUACUCUCACAUUCACUACAUAUGUUACUAUUACCAUCAUACACCACUCAUUUAAUCAUACACAACUACACAACUACUCUCACACUCACUACAUAUGUUACUAUUACCAUCAUACACCACUCAUUUAAUCAUACACAACUACACAACUACUCUCACAUUCACUACAUAUGUUACUGUUACAUUAUAUUUACUCUUCCAGUGUGAUAAUAAGUCAAUAAAUUGAUAUAGUUUAAUACUGUAAUUUUAAUGUGUUGUGUUUGUUAGCAAUUAUAUCAUGUUUUGACAGGACAAAAGUACAGUUUGUCAACUUUUAAAGUGUAAUUCUGUGCUGAAUGUUAGCUGUUCCUGACAUGGCUAUUUCUGAUUAGUAUGAUUUCUGAUAUGUAGAAUCUACAGAUGGGCUACUAUGCUACUAUAUAAUACUAUGCUACUAUAUAAUAAAAAUGAAUUUGAUCAGCAUGA